AACUGGAAGCGCUAGUCGUUCCGACAGACUGCGCCCUAAAACACCGUUGAAACACGGUAAAAGACGUGAUUUGCAAACCGUAAAGAAAGUACAGCUUUCGCCAUGGCGCGGGCUGUGUGGGCGGUCCUCCGGAUGCUAUCCAGGGAGGGAGCCGCUGUGCUGAAAUCAAACGCACCUUGUGCCACCACAGGAGCUUUGCGGCGAUCCAGACCUGCGUGCGCAGCUGUUACUACCUGCGGCAGAGCGAUAUCCAGCUGCAGUGAAGUCAGACACCUGCAGUCUGCAGCCAGAAUGCCCGAAGUAACCACCGAUCACCUGGAUGAGAAGCAGGUGCAGCUUCUGUCCGAGAUGUGCAUCCUCAUCGACGAGAACGACCUCAAGAUCGGAGCGGACACUAAGAAAAACUGCCACCUCAACUCCAACAUCGACAAAGGUUUGCUGCACAGAGCCUUCAGCGUCUUUAUUUUCAACAGCGAGGAGAAGCUGCUUUUACAGCAGAGGUCUGACGCCAAAAUCACUUUUCCAGGCUGCUUCACAAACACAUGCUGUAGUCAUCCUCUACACACAGACAGUGAGCUGGAGGAGAAGGAUGCGUUGGGGGUGAGGAGAGCUGCUCAGAGGAGACUCGGCGCAGAGCUGGGUAUUCCCAUGGAGCAGGUGACUCCAGAUGAAAUGACAUACCUAACAAGAAUCCAUUACAAGGCCCAGUCCGAUGGGGUUUGGGGAGAACAUGAGAUUGACUACAUCCUUUUUGUGCAGAAGGACGUGGACUUGAAUCCAGACCCCAAUGAGAUCAAAAGCCACUGUUAUGUGAGCAAAGAGGAGCUGAAGGAGAUGUUGGAGAAGGCCAAGCGCAAAGAACUGGAGAUCACGCCCUGGUUCAGUCUCAUUGCAGAGACCUUCCUCUUCACGUGGUGGGACAACCUGCAGAACCUCAAACAGUUCAUGGAUCACCACAAAAUCCACCGCAUGUAAUUCUAUCCAGGAUCCGGCUCCUCUUCCAGCAUUUCAAGCUCUUUGAUUUAUGCAGAACUGACAUAAAAAUACAGUCGGCUGAGCUGCUGGAGAACUGAAAAUAAACCUCCACUCAAGAUGUGAGGUUUCCACUAGCUACUUUGGAGAAGGUGUAGAGCUUCAGCACUGUAACGCAAAGUAAAGAAUGUCUUAGUCAUGUGAUCUAUAAGGUGAUUUAUGUAGGUUUGUAGCACUGAGAUGCAUCCAUCUUCACUGUAGAUCAGACGUUUGCUGUAGUGCUCACGUGUCAUCUUUCAGGCAAUAGUUCGGAUGAGCUGGGUUCACAGCCUGAGCAGAAGGUGAUGUUAGCAGGAAAUGUGACACUAAAUAAGAACAGCUCCACAAAGGCAGCAACCUAUUUUUAUAUAAUAAUGUGAAGUGCCUGAUUAUAGGUCGUUAGCCUGAGGGGAUUAGUAUCUCUAAGUCACAACUGCUAUCACUCUGCAUUGUUGACAGUGACAUCAGUGAACAAGCUGUAUCUUUGUACACUUUUACACAAUAAAGUAUUUGUGUGAACUUUG